AUAUGAUCAUUCAAUCAUUUCAUAAUCAUUAAAUCAUGUAACCAUGCCGCAUAUCGACGUUUGGUUGGUCGCUUACUUUAUUUGGCGGUCGCUCACCAAGAUAUUGCCUAUGGAGUCAACAUUCUUAGUCAGUUCGUCCAUGCUCCGCGCCAUGUUCAUCUUGAUGUUGCCAUUCGCAUUCUUCGACCUUGUUGCCUACUGUGAUGCCAAUUGGGGUGGCUGUGAGAGCUCCCGUCGGUCCACUACAAGUUACUUUAUCACUAUUGGGGGUGUGCCUGCCUCGUGGAGCACUAAGAAGCAACGUGUUGUUGCUCCUUCAUCUGUGGAGGCCGAAUAUAGAGCGAUGGCUAGCACAGUUAGUGAGAUUGUGUGGCUGCAGUGGCUCCUUAAUGAGCUUGGCGCUCCUCGGUCUGUUGCGACUCCACUCUAUUGUGACAAUCAAGAUGCCCUUCAUAUCGCAGCUAAUCCUAUCUUCCAUGAGCGCACCAAGCACGUCAAGAUGGAUUGCUACUUUGUUUGAGAGCGGGUUCAGUCUGGUCACAUCGCUCCUCUGAAAGUUAGCACCCAUCGUCAGUUGGCCAAUUUGUUCAGCAAGGGCUUAGGUGUCUAGCGGUUUCAUUUCUUACUCUCCAAGUUGAACGUUCGUCAUCUCCACGCUUCAGCUUGCGGGGAGUAUUGGACCAGACUCGGCCAUCUCUGCCCAAGAAUGAGUCCUCGUCAGCCCAUGUCCAUCAUGCCCAUGUUAUUGAUACGAAGCCAGGUAUUGUAACCCUAGAUGAUUGUUGCAAGGGUUAUAUAAACAUAUGUAAUGGCCUUCGGCCAUCAUAUACUUGACGGGGAUACCACGUAAAUCUCGUGUUCUUGUGUUUUCAGUUUGUGCGUUUGCUAGAUUUCUCAAAUAAUAAUAUACAGGGGCGGAUCUAGUUGGAGCUUCGGGGUGGUCUGGGCCCUCCGAGAAUUUAGAAAUCACGUAUAAAAUUCUAUCGAGGUUUGAAAAAUUACGUAUAAAAUAAAGAUUAGGGU